AUGGACCGACAUGUGACAUUUUACGAGCAAUUACCGACCGAGUCGGAGGUUCUGAUCUGUGCCCAAAAGAUAAGAAAUGGAAAAUCUGGUGGAGACGACGGAACUAGCGCAGAAAUGCUAAAAUAUCUUCCUCCGUCUGGGAUUCGUGAGAUGACAAAGAUCAUCCGUUUAAUACGGAUAGACGAAAGGAUACCUGAUUCGUGGAGACACGCUAUCAUAAUUCCCCUCCACAAGAAGUUAUCCGUCACGGACCCCAGGGAUUAUCGAGGAAUCUCCAUUAUCCUAGACCGACUCAUUAAACAUCGCGAAGAAACAACGCGCGACGAGCAAGCUGGCUUUCGUCCUGGCCGAUCUACGAUUGACCAGGUGUUCAUCGUCAGGAGAGUGAUCGAAAUCUGGCAGCGGUAUUCGAAGCCAAUGCAACUAGCGUUUCUGGACUUUGAAGCCGCGUUCGACUCUCCUCACCGAGGCCGUGUUCUCAACGCGUUUCGCGCCGAUGGAGUACCAGGCAAGUUCGUUCGCUUGCUUGAUGACAUAAAUCAACGAACAACUGCUGUAGUUCGAACACCAGCCGGGUAUACAACUCCAUUCGAGGUAGUAACUAUGGUAAGACAAGGAGCAGUGGCAAGAUCCUUCCUGUUCAACUUUGCUAUCAAUGAAAUCAUGGGAAGAACAGUCGAUCAGUGUCCUGCCGAAGACGUCUUAGCACCAGCAGCGUACCUCUUGACUGAUUUCGAAUACGACGACGAUCUUGUUAUAUUCGCGGAAAGUACAACGAAACUUCAACAUGUUGUCAACCUUGUAUCGAAGUUGGCUGCAGCCUAUGGAUUACGUCUACGCACUGAUAAAUAG